AUGGCGGGAAAGAUUCGUCCUACUCAUCAGCGCAUGAAGGCCGCGGCGAGUGAGGCCAAGAUUAACACUGAGGCACUUUGGGUCGAACCUGGCGGGUUUGAGUGUUGGGGCGACGCGUCUGUUCUGGAUCCUUGGCGGAGAAAAUGGGCCGGUAUUGGCCUUGUUGUUCGACACCAAGAUGAUACAUGGCAUGGAUCGUCAUACGCCAUUGGCAGUGGACUUGAAGUGUGGGAGGCCGAGACCGAAGCUGUUCUCGUGGCGAUGAAUCUGGCUCUUGAGCGCAAGGAGAUUCAUGGGGGCACGUCCGAGGACUUCGCUUGGGUCAAAUUCUACACUGAUAGCUCCGAAGUGGUCAGGAAUAUUGAGUCUUAUCGGCUGAACCACGGCGCACACUCUCGUCUCGGCGAGCGGUUUUACAGGAGGCUCGUGGCUCUUGAGGCCGCUGGUCUGCGGUUCGAGUGUGUCAGAUGCAGAAGUCAUCAGGACAGGGGACUGCCUAAUGACCACGCAGAUGCUUUGGCGAAAGAAGGUUCCGAUGCAAUGAGGCUCCACUGGCAAUGGAGUGAUUUACCGGAAAGGGAGCGCUGCGGAUGCGGUUCGCAAGACCGGGAUUAUUGCAACUGGUCCACUGAGCGACAGCUCUUUAGUGUCAAUCACGAAAGUGGGGAGGUGUUCGCGGAGUGA